AUGGAUGGGUUGUUUUAUGUGGGCAAGGUUGACCAUCGCAACAGCCUUCGAUGCAAAGUAUCAACCUAUGUUCUUUUAGCUGCAUCUUGUGCAAUCGUUUCAAUACUUUUUGUAAAAUUCCUUGCCUCGAUUCAACUAUCGCCUAAGCCCAUUCCAGACAACAUGGACAAGUUUGUAAUAUGUCAAGUUCCCUGCUAUACUGAAGACGAGAUCUCGUUGCGUAGAACGUUUGAUUCUUUGACCGUUUUGGAUUAUCCAGACUAUCAAAAGCUUUUGUUUGUCAUUGCUGACGGAAUGAUUAUUGGAUCCGGCAACGAUCGGCCUACACCAAGAAUAGUACUCGAUAUUCUUGGUGUUAAUGCCGAUGAACAGGCGGAAUCAGUCAUGUAUCAGUCGCUGGGAGUAGAUGGAAAGCAGAUCAAUCAAGCGCAAGUUUACUCGGGUAUCUAUGAAACACAAGAUCGUCGAAUUCCGUUUAUUGUAGUGGUUAAAGUUGGAAUCGCCACUGAGCACCAAAAACCAGGAAAUCGUGGAAAACGGGAUUCACAGCUUAUUUUAAUGCAGUUUUUGUCAAGAAUGCAUUACAAAUCACCAAUGAACCCACUUGAGCUUGAAAUCAACCACCACAUGAAAAAUAUCAUUGGUGUUGAUGCGCAUCUCUAUGAGUUUAUUUUGAUGGUGGAUGCAGACACAAACGUCACUCCCUCUGCCUUAACUCAGCUGGUAGCUGCCAUGAAAUCUGACGGCAGAAUUAUAGGCAUUUGUGGCGAAACUCAGGUUUCUAAUGAACGAGACUCGUGGGUAACCAUGAUCCAAGUUUACGAAUACUUUAUUUCUCAUCAUCUAUCAAAAGCUUUCGAGUCUCUUUUUGGUUCCGUCACAUGUCUUCCAGGCUGUUUUUCCUUGUAUCGUAUCCGCUCCUCAGCAUCCAACAAGCCCUAUCUCAUUCACAACCAUGUAUUAAAAGACUAUUGUGUCAACAAAGUCGAUACCCUACACCUGAGAAACCUGCUUCAUUUAGGCGAAGACCGGUAUUUGACAACGCUGAUGAUGAAGCAUUUUCCGAGUAUGAAGACAAAGUUUACUCCUUAUGCUGUAAGCAAAACCAUUGCGCCGGAAACUUGGAAAGUUUUUCAAUCGCAGCGACGAAGAUGGAUCAACUCUACAGUGCAUAAUUUGAUAGAAUUGCUAUCUCUUCCAAAUAUGUGCGGCACAUGCUGUUUUUCAAUGCGCUUUGUAGUGUUUAUCGAUUUGCUAGCUACAAUGAUCCAGCCGGCAAUGCUUAUAUAUCUCAUCUACCUCGUUGUGAUGAGUACUUUGGACAAAAGCACGGUAUUUCCACUGGUUUCAAUUGCAUUGAUUGCCAUUGUAUAUGGCUUUCAGGUGAUUCUGUUUCUGCUAAAGCGCGAAGUGCAGAAUCUGGGUUGGAUGAUAGCGUAUUUGCUUGCUGUACCGUUGUUUACAUUCUACUUGCCCAUCUACUCGUUUUGGUCCAUGGAUAACUUCUCGUGGGGUAAUACCAGAGUAGCAAUUGAGGAAGAUAAACAAAUGAUCGAGAAAAAACUGGACGAAAAUGAGCCUGAUCCUGCAUUGAUUCCCUUGGAAACAUGGCAAUCGUAUUCU